AUUUAAUAUUUGAUCAUAUGUUUGGAAUUGUGCCUAAGUUGUAGCAAUAUGUUUGUGCUUGGAAUUUUUGGCCAGCCUUUAUGAAAAAAUUCUUUAUGAGUGAGAAAGGUCCAUUCACAAUCUUUUUCUGGACUCCAUUAGCCAAGUGGGGAAUUUCAAUUGCUAACAUAGGAGACAUGCGUAAACCUGUUGAAUAAGUUAACACCCUUUAAUAAUGCGUUAUAGCUUGGACUGGAUUAUUAUUCACAAGGUAAAUAAACUUAUUAUUAUUUUUCAGAUGGUGCUUCAUUAUUACACCAAGAGUUUAUAGUUUAGUCAUUUGCAAUUUUUGCAUGGCUCAAACUGGAUUGUACCAGCUUUAUAGAAAACAGUAUUAAGUUAAUUUAAUUGUAGUCAAUAAGGAAAGCUCUUUACAAGAUGAUAUUAAUAUAAAUUACAAUAUAUAUUUUAAAGUCAAC